AUGCAGGAGGAAUCAGACUCGGAAAGCGAGGAUUCCGAAGAUGAAAACGAGGAGCCCUGUUGUAUCUGCCAGGAGCCCAAGAGCGGCAAGCCCAACCUGAUAGUCCUCUGCGACGGCGAAGAAUGCUACGGUAUCUCAGUGGUUCCAUCGGGCGACUGGUUCUGCCAACGAUGCAAAAGCAAGACCCCUGUGGAGUCAACGAAAGCGAUAUGCUGCUCAUCCAAGGAAGGCGCCUUCUACAAAACCACCACCCCCAAUGAAUAUAUCCAUGUUAUCUGCACGAUAUGGAAUCCAGAGAUUGAUUACAAGGAGGACUCUGGACCCAUAUCGGUACCAACGUCAGCCCUGGAUGCCAAGGAAUGCUACAUUUGCGGGAAGAAAGUGGGCUUGACACUGCACUGCAACUACCAAGAUUGUCCAAGGUAUUUCCACGCGACCUGCGCGAUCGACCGCAGUGUCAUCGAUGCGGCGCCACCCAAGAUCGCCAUCAAAAAUAGGCUCAAGCUCGCCUGCGAGGUCCACCGAGGCAAGGUGUCGUCGCGGUCGACCUCGCCACCCAAUCCCAUGCCAUCCAUCAAGCGAAAGCGCCCGCCCCAGAGCAUCGCACUCUCGUCCGACGAAGAUGAGGACGAGACCGAGUCCGUUCAGCCUGGCUCGUCCGCCUCGGCCGAUGCCAAGGCAAAACCAACCAGCGACUAUGUCGAGGUUGAGGAAGAAAGCGGCAUUGUUGUAACACCAAAGUCGAAUGACGAACGAUCUGUUGCAGGAGAUGCGGGUGCAAAGCCGCGUCCAGUCCCUGGUGAAUCCAUGAGGCCAGGCUCGUCAAAUCUUCCGAAUGGUACCGGCGGCGGCGCCGGAGUCAACGGAAGCAAUGGAAACAACGGAAACAGCGGAAACAACGGAAACGGAAAUGGCGGCAACGGAGGCAGCAGGAAUCCCAGCAGCAGCAACAACAACAACAGCAGCAGCAGCAGCGGUAUCGUCAAGCCAACAUUCCCGAUAAGCGAAAAGCACAGAGACGCGCCUGUCGCACCCAAGAAGAAUGGCCCGCCGAAUCCAGGCGAUCUCUACGUCGCGUCAAGAUCGUAUUCUCCAAAAGACGAUCGUGCUGAUGGCACACCGAGCAAGAAGCUCAAGCCCAACCCCUCUGGCCCGUCCAUGGUGACCUCGCCGUCAAUCAAGCGCGAAUUUCCUGCGAUUAAAACCGGAGACCCAGUUCCACGGCGCGCACCGGGCUCGUCCCUGACCACCAACUCGAACCGCAGCAGUUCCCCGGCCCUGCCCGACACCCCGCUUGAAUACCUCGCCAAACUGGCGGCUGACUACCAGUCCAAAGCGGACGAAAUCUGCGGCGAGAUCCGACUGGCGAUCUCUCAGUACAAUCAAAAGCUUGCCAAGGGAGGAAGCUCCGUCUCGCAGCGUCCGUCACAGGGACGAGAUGCUGAGCUGCUCUCGCUUCUGGAUUCUGGCUUUGACCAGAUGGACAACCAGAAGAAGGAGAACGAGCUCAAGUCGCUCCAGCAGCGAGUUCUCCAGCUCGAGUCGACACUGAAAUCACAAACAGCAGCAUUCACGUCGCAGUCCGUGGCCCUGAGCUCGCUGCGGACCAAUCUGGUGCGGCUGCUCUCGUCCCUGGACCUACCCAACGGGCCGCCCCGCGAUGAAACCAAGGUUGACAGAUACGUCGCGGAGAUGGCCGACAUUUGCGGGCAGUUGGUGGCGCUCGAUCCGACGGGAUUCAAGUCAAUAACGGACAGGAUCCUCGACGUUGACAAGAACGGAUGGCGAUGAUGAUGGUGGUGGGGGAGGGGGCGUGCCAAGUCGGGGAGAGGAGCAUACAGGAGCAUACAGGAGCUUACAGGAGCGAUCCGAGCCCAUGGGCAGCUGUGGCACUGGAUGCGCUGGGCCUCCUUUCUCCCUCUGCCUCUGCCUC